AGGAUUUACAGAGAGCUGCAAACCGAAAGGGACAGAAAAAAAUCAGAGAAAUUCUCACUUGUCUUGCUACCAAAGAAAAGUUCCCAAAAACUCCGAUCGACGAUGUCCGGUAUGGAACGAUUGCACAGGAUGUUCGCCGGCGCUGGUGGUGCGUUGGGUCACCCGCCGCCGGAUUCGCCGACUCUCGAUUCGUCGGAGCAGGUCUACAUCUCCUCUUUGGCCCUCCUCAAAAUGCUCAAGCACGGAAGAGCUGGAGUUCCCAUGGAAGUUAUGGGUUUGAUGUUGGGAGAGUUUGUCGAUGAGUACACCGUACGUGUUGUGGAUGUCUUUGCAAUGCCACAGAGUGGUACUGGUGUCAGUGUUGAAGCUGUGGAUCAUGUUUUCCAAACAAAUAUGCUUGAUAUGCUCAAACAAACUGGAAGACCAGAGAUGGUGGUGGGUUGGUACCAUUCACAUCCUGGAUUUGGCUGCUGGCUUUCUGGUGUUGACAUAAACACACAGCAGAGUUUUGAAGCUUUGAACCAAAGGGCUGUAGCAGUGGUGGUGGACCCAAUUCAGAGUGUUAAAGGGAAAGUGGUGAUCGAUGCAUUCCGCUUGAUCAACCCACAAACCAUGAUGCUUGGCCAAGAACCACGUCAGACAACAUCUAAUCUCGGGCAUCUUAAUAAGCCAUCUAUUCAAGCAUUAAUACAUGGGCUAAACAGACAUUACUACUCCAUAGCCAUUAACUACCGGAAGAAUGAACUCGAGGAAAAGAUGCUGUUGAAUCUUCACAAGAAGAAGUGGACAGAUGGACUGACACUUAGACGUUUCGAUACUCAUUCCAAAACUAAUGAGCAGACUGUUCAGGAAAUGCUGAAUUUAGCUAUAAAAUACAAUAAGGCAGUGCAGGAGGAAGAUGAAUUACCUCCUGAGAAGCUGGCGAUCGCAAAUGUCGGCCGACAAGAUGCCAAGAAGCACUUAGAGGAACAUGUCUCGAACUUGAUGUCGUCAAACAUAGUUCAGACAUUGGGAACUAUGCUCGACACGGUGGUGUUCUAAAACUCUUUUAGCACCUGUAUACUCUUUUUUCAUAUUCAGGAACUAUCAUAGCUUGUUGGUCAAAAACUGCCAUUGUAUUGUGAAAUUUGAAAGGGACUAUCAUGUUGUCUCAUUAAUCUCUCUGUUAUCCCCUCUGAUGUGUAAGUGGGAUUGUGAAGAUGUUUAACUUUUGUUACUUGCCUUCUGAUAGUUUUCUGAGAUUCUUCA